AUCAUGAGAUUGUUAUUGCCUAUUUUUCUAAUAUUCAAUAUGAAUCCCAAUCUCAUUCAAGAAUUAAUGAUACUAAAAGAAAAAUUCCUCUUCUCAAAUCUAUGAACUCUACAAAAUGGACAACUUUUACUGAUUAUUUCAAUACUUAUUACAAUAACCACAAUUUUGAUUGCUUAAAAGAUUUCCCAGCCAAUCAUGUAAAUAUGAAUAAUCUCUGGAUGAAAUUGAAAAAAGCAGUUUUGGAUAUUAGUAAAUCUAAAAUUCCUCACAAAUGA